GUGCUGAAGCUCUGCCUAGUCCGCCCACUGCAUAUGCUGCUUUGCUCAGAAUUAAGAAGAGUUCGUCUUCAUCCCUCUUCGGUUCGAAAACCAGACCGCGAUACAGCAGCCCCUCCUUGGGAACGCUGGGUGUUUCUUCACCUAGCUGGCGAGGAGCAGCCCAGCAUUAUUAUUCCCCCAUCAAUCUUUAUCAUUCCUCAGAUGCCUUCAAAGAAGAUGAGAGUGUGGACUAUGGGCCUGUGUUUGUGCAAGAACCAGAUGACAUCAUUUUUCCAACUGAUUCUGAUGAGAAGAAGGUGGCACUGAACUGUGAAGUCCGUGGCAAUCCAGUUCCCAGUUACAGAUGGCUUCGAAAUGGAACGGAAAUAGACCUGGAAAGUGACUAUCGCUACAGUCUGAUAGAUGGCACUUUCAUUAUCAGCAGUCCAAGUGAGGCAAAGGACUCUGGUCAUUACCAGUGUUUGGCAACCAACCCUUUUGGAAGUAUUCUUAGCAGAGAAGCUAUACUGCAGUUUGCCUAUCUGGGAAAUUUUAGUGGCCGGACGAGAAGCGCUGUCUCCGUGAGGGAAGGCCAGGGUGUUGUCCUGAUGUGCUCUCCUCCGCCUCAUUCACCAGAGAUCAUCUAUAGCUGGGUAUUUAAUGAGUUCCCUUCCUUUGUGGUGGAAGACAGCCGGCGGUUCAUUUCCCAGGAGACAGGCAACCUUUAUAUUUCUAAAGUCCAAACAUCAGAUGUCGGCAGCUAUAUUUGUCUGGUGAAAAACACAGUGACGAACGCUCGGGUCCUCAGUCCGCCAACUCCGCUCACCCUACGCAAUGACGGUGUGAUGGGAGAAUAUGAGCCGAAAAUUGAGGUCCAUUUUCCGUUCACGGUCACAGCUGCUAAGGGGACGACAGUCAAGAUGGAGUGCUUUGCACUUGGCAACCCCGUUCCAACGAUCACAUGGAUGAAACUCAAUGGCUACAUUCCCAAUAAGGCACGUCUGCGGAAAUCUCAGGCCGUGCUGGAAAUACCCAAUGUGCAGCUGGACGAUGCGGGCUUAUAUGAGUGCAGAGCUGAAAACUCACGCGGAAAAAACUCCUUUCGUGGACAGUUGCAAGUGUACACCUACCCACACUGGAUAGAAAAACUGAAUGACACACAGCUGGACAGUGGGAGCCCUCUCCGGUGGGAAUGUAAGGCCACCGGAAAACCCAGACCCACCUACCGCUGGCUGAAGAACGGAGCAGCCCUCUUACCUCAGAGCAGGGUUGAGAUGGUUAAUGGAGUAUUGAUGAUCCGCAGUGUGAAUCAAUCAGAUGCUGGAAUGUAUCAGUGUUUGGCUGAAAAUAAAUAUGGAGCCAUCUAUGCCAGUGCUGAACUGAAGAUUCUAGCUUCAGCUCCUACUUUUGCACUGAAUCAACUGAAGAAAACGGUAAUUGUUACCAAAGGCCGAGAAGUCAUCAUAGAGUGCAAACCCCAAGGCUCUCCCAAACCAACCAUCUCCUGGAAGAAAGGUGACAAAGCAGUUAGAGAGAACAAAAGAAUAGCUAUUCUUCCAGACGGGAGUCUACGGAUCCUUAAUGCUUCUAAAUCAGAUGAGGGAAAGUAUGUUUGCCGAGGGGAAAACGUCUUUGGGUCUGCUGAAAUUAUAGCUUCAGUAUCUAUAAAAGAACCUACAAGGAUAGAACUUACUCCUAAAAGAACAGAGUUAACCGUGGGAGAAAGCAUCGUCCUUAAUUGCAAAGCAAUUCAUGAUCCUAGCUUGGAUGUUACUUUCUACUGGACUCUGAAAGGACAGCCUAUCGAUUUCGAGAAAGAAGGUGGACAUUUUGAAAGCAUCAGGGCCCAAGCAUCCUCUGCUGAUUUAAUGAUCAGGAACAUCCUUCUGAUGCAUGCUGGGAGAUAUGGCUGCAGGGUACAGACCACAGCAGACAGUGUGUCAGAUGAGGCAGAGCUUCUUGUUAGGGGUCCCCCAGGCCCACCUGGGAUCGUCAUUGUUGAGGAAAUCACAGAAAGCACAGCCACGCUCUCCUGGAGCCCAGCAGCCGACAAUCACAGCCCCAUCUCGGCCUACAACCUGCAGGCUCGCAGCCCAUUCUCCCUGGGCUGGCAAACAGUAAAGACAGUCCCAGAAGUCAUAACGGGAGACAUGGAGUCAGCCAUGGCUGUGGACCUGAAUCCAUGGGUAGAAUAUGAGUUUCGAGUGGUGGCCACCAAUCCCAUUGGAACUGGAGAUCCAAGCACCCCGUCUCGCAUGAUCCGCACAAAUGAAGCAGUUCCAAAGACAGCACCCACCAACGUCCGUGGAAGAAGCGGAAGAAGGCAUGAGCUGGUCAUUGCCUGGGAGCCAGUGUCUGAAGAGUUUCAGAAUGGGGAAGGCUUUGGCUACAUUGUGGCUUUCAGGCCCAAUGGAACACGUGGUUGGAAGGAGAAAAUGGUGACAUCCUCUGAAGCUUCCAAAUUCAUUUAUCGAGAUGAAAGCGUCCCACCUCUCACUCCUUUUGAAGUGAAGGUGGGCGUUUACAACAACAAAGGAGAUGGGCCUUUCAGUCAAAUUGUGGUCAUCUGUUCCGCGGAGGGAGAACCCAGUGUCGCUCCCACGGAUGUCAAGGCGACAAGUGUGUCUGUGUCAGAGAUUCUUGUUGCAUGGAAACACACUAAAGAGAGUCUGGGAAGACCACAGGGAUUUGAGGUUGGUUACUGGAAAGACAUGGAACAAGAAGAUUCAGCAGAAACAGUGAAAACAAGGGGGAAUGAAUCCUCCGUCGUCCUGACGGGAUUAGAAGGAAACACGUUAUAUCACUUCACAGUGAGGGCUUACAAUGGAGCUGGAUACGGGCCACCAAGCAGUGAAGUGAGUGCAACCACCAAGAAAUCCCCCCCUAGCCAACCACCUGGCAGCCUCAGGUGGGAACAGCAAGGCGCCCAGGUUUCUCUGGGCUGGGAACCUGUCACCCCACUAGCCAACGAAUCUGAAGUUGUGGGUUACAAGGUUUUUUAUAGGCAAGAGGGUCACAGCAACAGUCAAGUUAUUGAAACACAGAAGCCUCAAGCAAUAGUGCCACUCCCCGACGCUGGAGUUUACAUUAUUGAAGUUCGAGCGUGCAGUGAAGGAGGAGAGGGGACAGCUAGCUCCCAAAUCAGGGUCCCAUCGUACUCAGGUGGGAAAGUCACAAGUGCUCAGUCGACUCUGCACACUCUCUCCACGUCUUGGUCAUCAGUAGCGUUGCUCUUGGCAUUGGUGAUUCCUUCCACCUCCUGGUGAAAACUGCUGAUGUCAUCUGCUUCUCUUUACCGUAGCUCGAUAGCAGCGGUGAAUAGCAUGUAGUGGAAGUGGAGACCCAGGAUCCUGAAAUGAGCUCAAGCUUUAAACAGUUGGGACUACCCAUGGUGCACUUACAUACAGGAGGCUGGGGGGAAUCUUACUUAUCCAUCAGGUUUCGCUUUGGUUUUUGUAAAUGAAGAGGACGGUUCUUGGUCCAAUAAAAAUAUGCAGAUUGUAUGUAAUGAAUUUUUGUAAGCAAAGGUAAUAUCUGUCAAAUGUAUCCUUUACUUUUUUAAUAUGUUGGAAUUUGAUUUUAUAUCUGAUGACUCUGAGUGUGUGCCAUCCAUUCGUUAAGUGAGUGGUCUUUAGCAGGUCUGUUUCAGAAACAAAUACAAAACUGAGAAUGAAAAAUUCCUUUAACACUGAGUCCAGUGUUCUUCAUUCUCCCUUCGGCUGACUAUUCCAACUGCCAAACCAGCAGGAGAUAUGAAAAAUACUUCAGUUAUGCAGUCCAUUACAGGAGAAGAACACAAAAAGUUUCUUGGGAAAUAUCAUAUGAUUGCAAAGUGAUAGCAAGAUUCAUCAAUAUGCUAUUCUAUACAAACCCCUAGAGCAAGUUAUUAGGGUAGGGAGUAAGCCAUUUACAUUCGUGCAAGGUAAAGAGAAAGUGAGCCCAAAUAAAUGUAAGUGUUAUUGUUUUUCAUAAAGUACUAUGUUAUCUAGCAACAAAUGUUUAUUUUUAAUAACAAAAAACAUCGUUUAUAUCACCAAAAAAUUAUGAUCACAAAAAACCUGCAGACAUGCAGCCACGGGUACUAAUUUAAAAAUAGAAUGAAUGAGGAACAGUGUUUUUUUUUCAUUUCUCUAUCUACUGCCAAAACAGAUGCUGAAUUGGGUCCAAGGUUUUCCCCUUGUUGCAGAGGUUUUAAGGACAAUGAAAAUUUGUUGUGCAAAUAAUUAUAUGCAGUCUGUGGAGUAAAAGGGUUCAAGUAUAAUGAAUAAAUUCUGAUCUUUAAAAACAGUUUCAUGCAUCACAUACCACUUAUAAAAUCAUACCAGCUAGCAAAAUAAAGAGGACCUCUCUCAGGUAAAUUUAUUUUUGUUUAAAUUAAGCUUGGAAACAUGGCGUCGGUGCAGGGAUUCAGCUAGCCUAGCCAGUCAUGCCAUGCUCUGUUCUGUUGGGAGGUGAGGCCCCUUUGACAUUUGGGGGAGUCAGGAUGACCUGAGGAAUCCCAGACCAUUGCUAGAAAGUGAGAUGAGAGUUUUCUACUUGAGGACAUCUUAAAGAAGCUCCAACAAACAGAAGAAUGUGCCGGGUUGACAUUACACCCAAGAAGACGCUUAGAAGGCAAGUUACCGCAAAGUCAUAUGCCAGAAGAGGGCCUGGAGAAACUAUCGUCUUAUAGGUGAUGCUAACAUGAGAAGGAAAAGCAGUUUCUUUUUUUGUAUAAUCUAAACCUAUUGGCUCCAUUUGCUUUUUUAAUAACAAGCAAAAUGAAGCAACAUUGAGCUCAAACUGCUGGCUCUAAAUUUUAAUCCUUAUACCAUCAGGGAAGCGAUUGAAGUUUCUGUCCUGAACAUCCUAAAAGAUUCGUUUCAGCCACACAGUAAAGCUCUCUCUGUUGGUGAUGCGUUCUCUUUAGGAAAAAUUAUGUUAACACUCCUAAACAAGCAAGAAGUGAAUUAAAAGACUCCGUCAACAUCUUACUGUAGCAAAUACUACAGAGGGUAAAGAUUUAAGCCUGUGAAUAAUAACGACCAAGUGGUCUUUCUUGAAUACCUCCUUUGAAGUGAGAGAGGCUGGUCUUUGCAAAUGCAGAGAUGCUGACUGUUUAGCUGGUAAAGCGUGAGCUCUCCCAGGCUGGUGCAACUUGGAAGAACAAAUUGUACAUCUGAAAAACAUGCAGAAAGCCUAUUUAAAAAUGAGAAAUGAUUUUUACAUGUUUGAUGAAUCAGACCAUUUUCUUCACUUUCCAUGGUGUCACAUAUUAGAUUUAGAGAAGGACUUUAAGAAUCAACUUAUCCCUAACAUACUUAUAAAGCAAAGUCCAGUAAAAUAUAAUGUCAAUAUAUGGCAAGUUCAAGUCAACUGAUAUCUUUAAUUAGCUGAUGGAUGGUGCAUAUCUGACGGAGUAUUUACGCAUAGAAUGUUUGGUGUAUUCUUACAAGAAUCAGAGAUAUGAGAUGUUUUUACUCAACAUUCUCAAAAUAUGUAUUUUGCAUCAUAAGCCUAUUUAAAAACAGCUUUUCAAUGUUUAUGUAUGUAUGUAUUACAUAUUUGUUACUUUGUAGAAAGCAGAACAGCAUUCUUUAUCAAGGUACGUUAUUUCCCAGCUGCAGUGCUGAUUGAUCUUUUUCUUGGAUGGGUUAGUAACCACACAGUCUUAAAUUACUGAAGAGACUGUAUUUUUGUAUAAUGUCGAUUGAACUAUGAAAAAACCAACAUUCCCUAUCAUUAGAAAUGUCAUGAAAGCAAAUGUUUUGCAUACCCAAAUGAAGGUACUGUGGACCCCAUGUCAAGCCGUUAAAUAUAUUGUAUACAAUCUGUAUAUAUACUAUAUAUAAGGUAUAUACCAUGUGGAAGGCACAGUCAGAUAAUAGUUCUGUGUACUGUUCUUGUAACAUUAGAUCUUUUUAAUAAACAAUUCUCUUUUUAUUGGCUUUUA